AUGCAGGAGACUGAGGAUGAAGAUAUCGACGAAACGCGUGUGCUCUGCACCAGAAGUGACAGAUAUGAUGGAGUGAUUCGGAAUGGCUACGAUGACAUGCCCGGCCUCGAGAAGCCUUUUCUUCAGUAUGAUGUGGAUUUGGGAUUCUGGGGACACGUUCAUUAUUAUGAACGCUUUUACCCAGUGGCAGAUAUGUUGUACUGGAAUUCGACCGACUGCUACCACAACGCACUAGCUCCUACAUACGUCAUCACAGGUGCUGCGGUGAGUGCUUGUCGCUACUUCACGUUUUGCAGUACACACUUAACUGAAAACGAAAAGAUUAUUUCGUUCGAGAAUGAGGGUAAAGGUGCGGAAUUGACGCCGGAACAGAAACGGAGAAUAAAGAAAAGCAUCCCACCGACUGCGCAAGACAUAAGUGUCAGCUUUUUUCGCAUUCGAGGACACAACAAAUUAGUGGAAGACAUGUGUGCAUGUCUCGAGGAACUGAAAGAGUUGAAGGAAGCGAGAGCGUGA